AUGGCCAGUGGCAGCAGAAAAGUCACCAUCCAGCUGGUGGAGGACGGGACCGAGGCUGGAACCCGGGGCCCACAGCUCUUCAAGGGCCAGAGCUAUGAUGCCAUCCGAGCAGCCUGCCUGGAUUCGGGAAUCCUGUUCCGUGACCCUUGCUUCCCGGCUGGCCCUGAUGCCCUUGGCUACGACAAGCUGGGGCCCAACUCAGAGAAGGCCAAAGGGGUGGAAUGGAAGCGGCCCCAUGAAUUUUGUGCUGAGCCCCAGUUCAUCUGUGAAGAUAUGAGUCGAACAGACGUGUGCCAGGGAAGCCUGGGGAACUGCUGGUUUCUUGCAGCUGCUGCCUCCCUUACAUUGUACCCUCGACUCCUGAACCGCGUGGUGCCUCCUGGACAGGGUUUUCAAGAUGGUUAUGCAGGCAUCUUUCAUUUCCAGCUCUGGCAGUUUGGCCGCUGGGUAGAUGUGGUGGUAGAUGACAAACUGCCUGUGCGUGAGGGGAAGCUGAUGUUCGUGCGCUCAGAACAGAGGAACGAGUUCUGGGCCUCACUGCUAGAAAAGGCCUAUGCCAAGCUCCAUGGCUCCUACGAGGUGAUGCGAGGGGGCCACAUGAACGAGGCUUUUGUGGACUUCACAGGCGGUGUGGGUGAGGUGCUUUACCUGAGAGGAAACAGUCCGGGCCUCUUCUCUGCCCUUCGCCAUGCACUGGCCAAGGAGUCCCUUGUGGGUGCCACUGCCUUGAGUGAUCAGGGUGAGAUCCGCACAGAAGAAGGCUUGGUGAAAGGACAUGCGUAUUCGGUCACUGGCACGCACAAGGUGUCUCUAGGCUUCACCAGGGUGCGGUUGCUGCGGCUGAGGAACCCCUGGGGCCGUAUAGAGUGGUCUGGGCCGUGGAGCGACAGCUGCCCUCGCUGGGAUUUACUCCCCUCUGAGUGGCGAGAUGCCCUGCUGGUGAAAAAGGAGGAUGGGGAGUUCUGGAUGGAACUGCAAGACUUUCUCUCACACUUCAACACGGUCCAGAUCUGCUCGCUGAGCCCGGAGGUGUUGGGUCCCAGCCCCGCAGGCGGUGGCUGGCACAUCAACAUAUUCCAGGGCCGCUGGGUGCGGGGCUUCAACUCCGGAGGGAGCCAGCCGAGUUCUGAAAACUUCUGGACCAAUCCUCAGUUCCGGCUGACGCUGUUGGAGCCUGAUGAGGAAGAGGAUGAAGACGAGGAAGAUGGGCCCGGGGGAGGCUGGGGAGCGGCAGGGACCAGGGGCCCAGUGAGGAGAGGCCGUGUCCCCAAGUGCACGGUCCUCCUGUCUCUCAUCCAGCGCAACCGGCGGUGUCUGAGGGCCAAGGGCCUCACUUACCUCACUGUGGGCUUCCACGUGUUCCAGAUUCCGGAGGAGCUACUGGGCCUCUGGGACUCGCCGCGCAGCCGCGAGCUCUUACCUGGGCUGCUGCGCGCCGACCGUUCGGUUUUCUGCGCCCGCCGCGACGUGAGCCGCCGCUGUCGUCUGCCACCUGGCCACUACCUGGUGGUACCGAGCGCCUCCCGCGUGGGCGAUGAGGCCGACUUCACGCUGCGCAUCUUCUCCGAGCGCAGCCACACUGCAGUAGAGAUCGAUGACGUGAUCAGCGCCAACCUGGAUGCCCUCACGAUUCCCUAUAAGCCCCUGGAGCUGGAGCUGGCACAGCUGUUUCUGGAACUGGCUGACGAGGAGGAACAACUUGAUGCUUUUCAGCUGCAGACCUUACUAAGCAUUGCAAGGGAGCCUGCCAGGGCUAACACGAGGACUUCUGGAGAGAUUGGGCUCAGGACUUGUGAGCAGCUUGUGCAGUAUUUUGGGUAUGGACGAAGGUUGGCCCUAUACCAGUUCCAGGAGCUCUGGAGCCACCUCCUGGUGUGGCAGGCCACAUUUGACAAGUUUGAUGAAGAUGCCUCUGGGACUAUGAACUCCUGUGAGCUGAGGCUGGCGCUGAAUGCAGCAGGCUUCCACCUGAACAACCAGCUGACCCAGGCCCUCACUAGCUGCUACCGUGAUAGCCGGCUACGUGUGGACUUUGAGCGCUUCGUGUCCUGCGCAGCCCGGCUCACCUGCAUCUUCCGCCACUGCAGCCAGCACCUGGAUGGGGGUGAGGGUAUGGUGUGCCUGACCCACAAGCAGUGGUCGGAGGUGGCCACCUUCUCCUAGAUGGGCAGUCAGGGGAAGCCAGCCUGCUCCAGCCCUGCGUUUCCCUGCUGUGGAUGAACAAGUGCUUGCCUGGGGCCCAGUCCAUUUGUGUUUUCCUGUCCUCACUCCUGACCUGCACAUAGUGGUGGCAAUGACACCUUCCUUCUUUUGAAAAAAAAAAAAAAAACAAAAAAAACAACAACACAGGGCCUAGCUAUGUAGCCACAGGAGUCCUCCUGCCUCUGCCUCCCAAAUGCUGGGAUUAUAAACCUGAGGCACCAUGCCUGGCAUUGCUUUCCUGUCCUUUGGAGCACAGGGCCCAGCGGGCCUCAAAUGCCCUAGAGAGCUGAACAAUGGUGGCAGAAGAAAAAGAGGACACUGGAACUCAUCUUAAAAAUAUUACAUGUUUUA